AAUCAUUCCACACUUCGGCACUUCUCGAUGAACAUCGGAAAUAGUCGUUCUGUCGUUGGGACUUGCUUUAAUAUUUUCCGAGGUCUAUGAGUUCUUUAUGCUCUGUGGUCAUUUUUUUUUCGACGCCUUGUGUUCGUCGUGCACUUGUGAUAACUGCAGGACCGUAUGAGCAAGAAACAACAAAAAUCCGGCGAAAUGCGAAUGGAUUUGGACACCCUUUCCCAGGCUGCGCUAAGUCAAUUUGACACGAGUUACAUCAACCAGUCGUUCUUUGGAUCAAAGUCAUUUCCAUCAGCAGUCAGCGACGAAUUCGCCAGGGCACUUCCCAACCCCAUGGCAGUGCCAAACACUGAUCUGUUCAUCGAUUGCGAACAAGGGGAUCUGCCAAACUUUACAGGCAACAUGGAAGAUUUUGAAUACAAACACACGGUCACCGACCCAAGUUUUGAGCAUGAUCACAACAUGAACACCCGGAGCGAUACGAUGCCACUUUGCUACCAUGGCACCAUCACAACAACGGCGCCGCAGAUGUCUCCGGACCCUGACAGUCCCGAUGGGUCUCCCAACCCGGCCUCUUGGUGGGCUACUACAGACCAAGGGAUGCUAACUCCAACAGUCAUCGGCAACAUUGUCAGCAGGUCCAACACACUCAUCAACGAGGCAGCUCCAAGCGGCAGCCAGAGUACGGAAACCCAGCGCCUGAGCCGAGAGGAGACAUACACCCCGGCAAGUUCGUCCAGCUACGAUGUGAUCUGCACGGAGCCCCUGCCAAUGUCAUCCCCAGACUUGGCCACUGACACGGAACAACUUCCCCCAUAUUCCUGCGCCUACACACAGGCCGCUGGUUUGUCCUCGUUUGACACGCUGGUGGACACACUGAGUAGUGCCGCCUGCGCUGCCGAAACAUCGGCAUCACAACCAGUAGGCACUCAGUUCAACGAGCAAUCCAUAAAAAUCGACGGGGUUCUGAAAUACACCUGGCCUGUCUCCUUGGAAUCGAGCUCGGCCUUUGGGCGACCCGUUCAGCAGCAGCAGCAGCAUGCUGUAGUCUCGCAACAACAGCAGCAACCUCACUCCCUGAAAAUGUCUCCUUCGUCAUCUCGCUCUCAAGCCUCGCCUCAGUCGGUUCCUUGCCGGACUCAUACACAACAACUGGGUGAAAGUAUGUUGCUGCAAAUAUCGAAUCCAGUCGACAUCUUGAACCAACCGUACGCCUCAAAUCUCCCAACUGCCACCACAGGCAAAAGCCCCAAACCCCGAAAGUACAUCAGUCGGCCGGGUAAGACCCCACCGCAUGAGCGACCGUACGCAUGCCCUGCCGAUAGCUGCGAUCGACGGUUCUCUCGCAGCGACGAGCUCACCCGUCAUAUUCGCAUCCACACGGGACAGAAACCAUUUCAGUGCCGGAUCUGCCUGAGGAACUUUAGCCGUAGCGACCAUUUGACGACCCACAUCCGCACCCACACCGGUGAGAAACCGUAUUCCUGUGAAACGUGUGGCCGUAAGUUUGCCCGGAGUGACGAGAGAAAGAGGCACUGCAAAAUCCAUCUUCGGCAAAAAGUUAAAAAGGAGUCAGAGCAGAUGAAAGGAGCCAGUUCAUGCAGUUACCAGUUACCUCACACCUCCCCCUCCUCGUCCCCAUCGCCCUCCUGUUCGUUACCAGCAAGCACAAUAACUACCAGUGCGUCUUAAAGACGCUCAGUAAAUCUGGCGCACCCUGUACGGCUGGUCUGACUGGCCAAAAAUACUUUGAAAACUCUUUAUAACCUCCAAUAUAUCUAAUUGCAAGCAUAACAGUUCAAGAUAAACCGGCUGUUCUUUGUAUUCAGCAAAAUAUUGUCAAGACACAAAUCAAGUUUCCCUCUUUCGGUGAUUGACAAUAAUAAGAAACGGACUAACCUUUAUAUUUUUAAUGAGCGUUUAACGGUGUGGCGUAAGGAAAUGCGGAAUUGUAUGGAUGUGUACAAAAUGUAUACAGAAUUUUAACUCGAAGCACACUUUCUUGGGACCAACUUGCUGAUGGUAGAAACUAGCACUUAAAAUGCUCAAUUGUUGGUGCAAAGUAAUUUAAUGUUCUUUGUCUUUUUGUCGCUCGUAGACAUCGAACCUUUUCUUUCUGGUGUUUCUUGUCACACUUAGUAUUUAGCAUUCUGUAAUUAUUAAAUCAAGCUCUUAUUGGGGGUAUUCACGGCUUUUGAUUUAAACUAAAAUGUCACAGGAGCCUCUCGGUGUUCGAAAUCUUCCUGGUUUUUGAGCACUGAAAUUCACAUUCCUCGUGACAGAAACAUUAUAGCAAUGCACGCGUAUAAAGCACUCUCUUAUAACCAUUAUUGGUAAUGAUGUAUAAUCAAAAAGACUACAUGUAUUUACAUUAAGAAAAAACACUUUUAGCAUGUUGAAUAAAAAACUAUUGCUCGGAUCAUUUUGCGAUACCUUUGGGGUUUUGCAUGUUCACCUGCCCAGUGUUUCGUUGGUAAAACGUUAUUUAAAAACAGAAAGAUAACUUGACAUUUGGGAACGUCCAGAAACCAUUUGGGAACGUCCAGAAACCUUACGCAGAACUCUCGGUUGAUGAUGUAUGUCGCCAUUUUAUGGUUUAUCUCCGUAAGUAAUCGUCUAACAGUGCAUCAGGAUUGCUUGAAAAAAUUGAUGUCAGAGUAUUCUCUAACUGGGAGCAGGCUUCCACGUUGGUUGAGACCUAUAAUGUAACACGCAAUUACCACCAAUUGUAAGAAUGACAGGUUCAGAUACUUAAGUCGCUUUCGUUUGUACGUUUGUAAACAAAGUAAAGCAGCCUGCAGGUUCGGGAUUUAUUUUUAUUUUCAGCCAUCCGUUUUGCAUUUUCGUUUGAUAAUUGACCACGUGUAAGCUCUUUUCCCGAAACUACUUCCGCACUGUAGAUCACUUGUCAGUGUUUUAAUAUAACAUUUCACUUUAGUUUCUGUAUCACUUAAAAGAUAAGAUAAAUGGGAAAUAAAAAAGUGCUUUUUGCAGAUUAUUUUGCUCAGA